UCUCGUAGGAGCGCUACGUAGCGUAUCAUCUGUGUGGUGUCGUGGCUUGCUUAUAGGAUAAAUAACACAAUAUAUAAAUAUGAGUGAUUUGUGUAGUGAGUGAACUGUGUUUGUGAAUAAAAGGUAUCCAUAUGGUUUUGGAGAUCAACAAAGAUGUUUAGAAACGUGGUGUUCAUAAAUACUUACUAAAAUAUAUUUCACUGUAUUGCUUACCAUGCCACGGACGCUAGUGUUGUGCUAACGUUUAAGUGAUGUGCUAGCGAAGUCAAAGCAUUAGUGUUACAGUGUGAUGUGAUGUGUUAGUGCUCAUCAUGCUGGCGUUGUGUCGCCUGAUCGCAACUGCUGUGAUCUUGGGGGCUACUAUUGCCAUGGCGGCAAAGAAUGUUCCCAUGACGCAAGUGGUGGCGAUAGCGGGCGAGCCGGUAUACCUGCCCUGUGACAUUGCUACACAAGAUGAAGAGGAUGCUGUACUCUUGGUGCUAUGGUAUAGAGAGGACUUGGGCACGCCAAUAUACAGCGUGGACGCCAGGGAAAAAGAUUUUGGUGUAGCUGAACGGUGGUCUGAUGAAAGCGUCUUUGCAUCAAGAGCGUAUUUCCUGCCAGAGAGACGACCAGCGGAACUUGGAGUAGACCGAGUGAAAUCUUCAGACCAAGGCAUCUACCGCUGUAGGGUUGACUUCAAGCAGGCUCAAACAAGAAACUCUCGAGUAAAUCUAACUGUAAUUGUGCCACCUAGUAAAAUGAUCAUUACGGACGAUAGAGGUGACGUAAAACAAGCAAUAGUUGGUCCUUACGUUGAGGGUGACUCCUUCACACUCAAGUGCGAUGUCUCUGGAGGUCGUCCGCGCCCAUGGGUGAAAUGGUUUAGAGACGAAAUCGAAACCGACACUCCAGUGACCGUACUCACGGGAGGGGCGGUGCGAGGAGUGUUGAGAGUUGGACCACUUACCCGAACAGAUGUAAGGGCAGCGUUCACUUGUCGGGCGUCGAACCAUAUACGGUCACAUCCCAUUGAGACAACACUUACAUUGGAUAUGAAUUUUCCACCACUAACAGUACACAUCCUGGGAUCCAACCAGCCUCUAUCCGCAAUACGAAGAUAUGACCUCCUAUGCCAAAGUGCAGGAUCACGACCACCAGCCUCCAUCACCUGGUGGAAGAAUGGACAUCGCAUCAACAACGCCAAGGAAACUUUGUCCACAGAUGGAAACACGACAACGUCCACCGUUUCCUUGCAACUUACCAAGUCCGAUGCUGGAGCAAAGCUGGCAUGUCGAGCGACCAACCCUCAGAUGCCUUCAGUAGCACCACUAGAGGACGACUGGAUUUUGGAUAUUCAAUAUGUACCAGAAACAGUUGUUCGAUUAGGAACCAAUUUGGACCCAAGAAAUAUUCGCGAAGGGACAGAUGUGUACUUCGACUGUAUUAUCAAGGCUCAUCCUUAUAUAUACAAAGUGGAGUGGCGCCAUAACGGCAAGACAUUAAGUCACAACGUUGGUCAGGGUAUCAUCAUAAGCAAUCAGUCGCUAGUUCUGCAAGGAGUUGGUCGCAAUACAGCUGGUAACUACACCUGUGUCGGCUUCAACGCCGAGGGAGAUGGCGAAAGCAAACCUCUGACUUUAGAUGUAUUAUAUGCUCCAACCUGCCGAAGCUCCCAACAGAGAGUACACGGGGUGGCAAAACAAGAGAGGGCUCAUAUCACAUGUCACGUAGACUCCAACCCGCCUGAAGUUAGUUUCCGAUGGACAUUCAACAACACAGCGAAUAGCAACGAAGUGAGCGACUCUUAUAUAUCGAGAACAGGAACUGUUUCUACAGUCACGUACACGCCACAUACUGAAAUGGAUUAUGGAACCCUAUUGUGCUGGGCCCACAAUAGAAUUGGCAAACAGAGGGUGCCGUGCGUGUAUCACAUCAUUGCCGCUGGCCGUCCAGAUCAAGUCCAUAACUGUUCAGUGGUAAAUGCAUCUCUAACUUCAUUUGGAAUACGGUGCUCAGAAGGCUUUAAUGGAGGAAUAGCACAAUCAUUUUUUCUAGAAGUCAAAGAAUUAGUGACUCAGGAGCUGGUAGCCAACAUCUCAAGCACAGUGCCACGAUUCACAGCCAUCGGCUUAGUACCAGGACGAACAUAUGCAGUGGCAGUCAUUCCGUACAACAGCAAGGGGCGCGGCGAGCCCUAUCCCAUGCGAGCAAGUACUCUUAGGCCGCCUGAAAAGCAUCAUGUACAUGAUAAAAGUUUGGAUUUGCCGCGAACAGCAUUUCACAUGUCCGGUGCAAUGUCUGCAGCAGUUGGAGGUGGUGGUGUUAUUAUGGUGAUCCUUGUUUUGUUCCUAAUUGGGGUGAGGCAGAGAUGCUUUAAAAGAAAGCCCAGCCCUGGUCCACUACCUUCUUCUCUACCUGGUUCUCCUGACAAGUUGAGAGAAAAAGAUGACAGUGAGAGCGAUGAUAGAAACCCAGAUAUAAUACCAUCGGAAAUGGAUCAUUUGCAACAGGUAGAUUACUACAGAACGCAGCAGGUGUCUACGAUAUCACCACCACUGGGAUCUAGGAUGCCAAGGGGUAGUGUGGCUGGAGUACGCGGAAGUAUACCCGCAUACUAUGCGCUUAGAACUGCUCCACCGCCCCAUCAGACCAUGAUUGAUAAUGGGACACAACAAGGCAUUCCUCCACCAGCAGCAUUCGGCAGUGGAUCCUGUACAUUGCCGCGCGGGUCCAGUACAGGUUUAACAAGUAUUGCUCCGGGUGAACGAUGUAUACCAUUACAGCACCUACGCACACUACCAAGGCCCAUGGCCGCUCCAACCGCGUUACCUAGACAUCUCCCUCGCGACACCCCUCUCUGACAGACCACACAACUGUAGAUGUAAAUAUGGACUACGGUUUUAAACUGUAUCGAUUUUCGAUUAUAUGAUGGAUGUUAAAUGUUUUUGUAAAAAUGCUUGAAGGUUUAUGAACAAAAGACUGCCACGCCAGAGUGAAGGCAUGUACGCAAAUUCAAUUAAUCCUAUACCUAAUAUAGCUAGACUCACAGAGAAUAUUUUUAAAACCCGUUGUAGUCAAAAUACGAUUUAACUAAAACAAGACUUCUUGAAGAAGUUCAGAAAAGUUUUAAACGGAAAGAUUUAAACACACAUAAUAAGUAAAGAAAAAUACUUAGAACGACAAUUGAAUUUUCCAAUAAUAACUGUUCCUAGCUGGGAAAUAUUUGAUGUCUUUUGUCACUUGUCACUUGCAAUUGUCACUUAUACUUAUAGAUGCCUUCAUUUGUGCUUCAUAGUAGUAUGAGGUCCGAUUUCUUUGGUCUAUUUUAAAAAUUUACCAUUAAAUUCUGCCACAAAUAUAUGUAGGUGAUACGAAGUACACCAGGUCAUCUAGUAAUAAAUAAUUAGUUAUUGAAUUAAACAAUUGUAUGCACCACACAUGUUCAGGUAAUACUAAAUAAAAUUCAGUUUAAAAUAAAUACUACUAUGAAUUUGUAUAAAAUUAUAUUCUUCAGUACAUUCCUUUACUCUGGCCAAACUUCUACUCAUACGAAACAAAAGUUAUAGGCGGAUGAUUAUGUUAAUUAAAUUAAAACCGAAACUGAUUUCUACUUAAACUAACCAAAUAGUUAGGAUCAACUAAAAAUUUAACUCAUUUGUAAAUGUUAAUGUAAAUAUACUAGCAUUAAAAUUCUUAUACGUAAUUUUCGUUAAUUUUUUUUAUUAAAACGGUUGUGAAUUUCUAAAGUAUUAUGACAUACCGAUAUUAUUGUAUUUGUUAAUUCAGCUGUGGAUACAUUGAGCGUGAUUAAUAAGAGUACCUACUUUUGGCUUUACUAACACUUUUGUUCGAGUUUAGACACUUGAAUGAAAAUUUUCGAUUAUUGUACGAUAUCAAUAUAAUUAUAUUAUUUACACUAACUUAAGCCUCAUGUAUUACAAUAGGAAGUCACCAAACGGGUCUAAUUGUCACAAAAACUGCCGAAAUUGUGUUUGUACGGUUUUUACUAAUAGAUAGUGCUGAUCUUGCGCAAGGUUUUGUUAUGAUUUUUAGGUUAGGUUAACCAACCUUAGGUUAAUUUGUUAUGAUUUUAUGUAAAAAAACUGAAAUAUAAUGAAUAUUAUUGAAGCCAAAAGUCUUACAAUUACACGCGGGCAAAGAUAAACUCUUUUCUCAGCCGUGGAACGUAUUACUUGUGCUCAGUGUAUCCCUGACAUUAUUAGUCUAUAAGUAGUAAUUAAACAUUACUUUUGCUUUAUAAUAUAGUGAUGUACAGAACAAUAUAAUUAUAACCAUAGGUUAUCAAUUGUGAUAAUAAGGUAAUUAUUAUCGAAUGUAUUCUAAAAAUACCACAAUUAGUAUAUAUUUUAAGAAUAUAAGACCUAUAAAAGUAGCAUAAAAAAUAGCAUAAAAUAGCAGCAGUUAAGACAAAUAUAAAUGACGGUUUUCCCAUAACGCCCCAUUAACGCUUCUAUCUCUUACGGAAGCCUAUUUAUUAGCAAAAAACUACUGAGUAUGACAUAUAAACUUGAAACUAAAGUGCUAAAUCAAACACGUAUUACAAAAAUUUCUAUAGUAUUGUCAAGAAUGUAAAGAUGAGACUCAUGUAAGUGUUUUUAUAAGUUCAUGAUAUUACUUAUCCUUAAUAUUUUCUCUUAAAUAUCUGUGAACCUUGCAUAUUACGUGAGAAGCCUCAAACUAAAUUUAAGCUACAGCCGGCGUCGAAACGG